AUGGCGUCUACGAUAUCCUUUAGUGGUACGAACUCCGGAUUUCAAAUAGGGCGAAAUGAUGGCAAUAUCACCGCGCAGUUUAAUUACCAUAUUGAACAGUCUGAAACAUCAGCAGACCAAGCCUGCCUACAGGAUUUGCAGACGACGAACCCUCGUUACGACAAGGCCCGUAUCGAGAUGGUCAAGGGUGGGCUACUGAACGACGCAUAUAGCUGGAUACUCGGCCAUGAUGAUUUCAAACAAUGGCGUUAUGAGCAACAGAGUCAGCUACUUUGGAUCAAAGGGGACCCUGGGAAGGGUAAAACAAUGCUCUUGUGCGGAAUCAUCGAUGAGCUGACCAAGUCCGCUCCUAAUACCUCUGUAAUCUCCUUUUUCUUCUGCCAGGCUACUGACGUACGGAUCAACCACGCUACCGCGGUUCUUCGCGGUCUGAUUUUCAUGCUGGUUGACCAGCAGCCACACCUUAUAUGCCAUGUACGACGGCAGUAUGACAAAGCUGGGAAGCAGGUCUUUGAGGAUAUAAAUGCGUGGGAGGCUUUGUCGGAAAUUAUUACUGCUAUCCUUGAAGACCCGCUAUUACAGCCCAUCACCACUUAUUUGAUUAUCGAUGCUCUCGACGAAUGUACUACGGGUCUAGACCGACUUCUUGAACUUGUGGUUCAGAAAUCAGCAGCAUAUUCAAAUGUCAAAUGGAUCGUCUCAAGCCGUAACUGGCCAGUUAUCGAAGAGAGUCUUGGUUCUGUGUCUCAAAAGACAACGCUCCGGCUGGAAUUAAAUGAGACGUCCAUCGCUCAGGCUGUCACCGCCUUCAUCCACUAUAAGGUUCAGAAAUUGACAGAAAAGAAGAAAUAUAAUGAUGAAAUUCGUGAUGCUGUUUCCCAACACUUAUUGGCAAACGCAUAUGGUACCUUCCUCUGGGUAGCCUUGGUUUGCGAGCAACUGGCAAAUACUCCGAAAAGAAAUGUUCGAAAGAAGUUAGAAGAAUUUCCUCCUGGCCUUGAUGAGCUUUAUAAGCGAAUGUUCACUCAAAUUAGCGACUCGGAUGAUGCUGAACUCUGCAAGUCUCUUCUUGGCAUCGUCACGACUGUUUACCGGCCUAUCACCCUAGAUGAAUUAGCGUCUUGCAUCGACUUAUCCGGGGACUUUGAAGAUGACAGUGAUCUAGCAGAUAUCAUAGGGCUUUGUGGGUCAUUUCUUACGCUCCGAGGGCGCAUAAUUUCUCUAGUUCAUCAGUCAGUCAAGGACUUUCUAGUUCGAGAAGCGGCGCAUGAAAUUUUCCCCAACGGACAGGAGAUAGUACACUAUUCCAUAUUUUCGCAGUCAUUAGAAGCUAUUUCCAGGUCGCUUCGACGCGACAUCUAUGACCUUGUCCAGCCUGGAUAUCCGAUCGACCAGGUCAACCAGCCAGACCCAGAUCCGCUGGCUACAGUACGGUACGCAUGUAUCUACUGGGUUAAUCACCUCAACGAGUGCUCUCCUAGCGAGAACGCGAUGGCAGAUCUCCAGGAUAGUGGCUCAGUUGGAAAUUUCUUCCAGAAUGACUACCUAUAUUGGCUUGAGGCUCUUAGCCUGUUAAAAUGCUUAUCAGAGGGAGUAGCUUCGAUCCUAAGGCUCGAUAUUUUACUAAAGACAACAUCACAGAACUCCCAGCUAACAGGUCGAGUUGUGGAUGCAUACCGAUUCAUUCUUUACCACAAGACGGCGAUUGAGAAUCAACCGCUACAAGUUUACGCUUCAGGAUUAGUAUUUAGCCCAACCCGCAGUAUAACAAGGACUCAAUUCGAAAUCCAGGAACCGGCGUGGAUAAUUAGUAAACCAACGAUGGAGAAGACCUGGAGUGCAUCUCUACAGACUCUCGAGGGCCAUACACGUCCGGUCAGUAUGGUCGCGUUCUCCUCCGAUUCCAAGUUCCUCGUCUCUAUUUCAGACGAUCACACCGUCAAGGUGUGGGACACUAGCAGCGGCCAGUGCCGACGAACCCUCGAGUGGAAUAACAGCUCGGCUGUCUUCUCCCAUGACUCCAAGCUUCUCGCUUCGGCUUCAGGCGAUUGGACCGUCAAGGUGUGGGACGUUAGUAGCGGCCAGUGCCUACAGACUCUCAAAGGUCAUAAUGAAAGGGUCAACUCGGUGGUCUUCUCUCAUGACGCCAAGCUCCUUGCCUCGGCUUCAGACGACUGCACCGUCAGGGUGUGGGAUGCUAGCAGCGGCCAGUGCCUGCAGACUCUCGAAGGUCAUAGUGUAUGGGUAAACUCGGUGGUCUUCUCCCAUGACUCUAAGCUCCUUGCCUCGGCUUCAGACGAUCAAACUAUCAGGGUGUGGGACGCUACCGACAGCCAGUGUAUACAGAUUAUGGAGGGCUAUAGCGAGAGAGUUAGCUCAGUCACCUUUUCCUAUGAUUCCAAGCUUCUCGUCUCAACAUCAAGAAAUUCUAUUAUCAAAGUGUGGGAUAUUACCAGCGGCCGGUGCCUUCAGACCCUUGAAGGUCAUAAUGAUUGGGCCGACUCGGUCAUCUUCUCCCAUGAUUCCAAGCGCCUCGUCUCAGCAUCAAGAGACUACACUAUCAAAGUGUGGGAUGUUACCAGUGGCCGGUGCCUUCAGACCCUCGAGGGCCAUAGCAGCGAGGUCAAUUCGGUUAUCUUCUCCCAUGAUUUCAGGCUCCUCGCCUCAUCUUCAAGCGAUUGCACCGUCAAGGUGUGGGAUGCUAACAGCGGCCAGUGCCUACAGACUCUCGAAGGUCAUAAUGAAUGGGUCAACUCGGUGGUCUUCUCCUGUGACUCUAAGCUCCUUGCCUCGGCUUCAGACGAUUGUACCGUCAGGGUGUGGGAUGCUAGCAGUGUCCAGAGCUUACAGAAAGAGCAGAAUAUCGAGUGUCAUAGAGCUUCGGUCAACUCGGUCGUCUUUUCCUAUGAUUCCAAGCUCCUCGCUACAGCCUCAGACGAUCGCACUGUCAAGGUGUGGGAUGCUUCCAACGGCCAGUGCCUACAGACCUUCAAGGGUCAUAGCAAGUUGGUCUACUCGGUCGCAUUCUCCCAGGAUAACAAGCUCCUUGCCUCGGCUUCAGACGACCGCACCAUCAAGAUAUGGGAUGCCACCAGCGGCCAAUGCAUACAGAGUGUCGAGGGCCAUAGCAAAUCGGUCAACUUGGUUAGCUUCUCCCAUGAUUCCAAGCUCCUUGCUUCGGCUUCACACGAUCGCACUGUCAAGGUGUGGGAUGCCACCAGCGGCCGGUGUCUACAAACUUUCCCGGAUCUCAUUAACACCGUACAAUUUAUCGUCUUCUCUUAUGAUUCCAAGCUCCUCGCCUUUUCAUUAUUUACCACAGUGAAGGUAUACGAUAUUAGCAGCGCUCAGUGUAUACAGACCAUGGAGGGUCAUGAUAUGGAGGUCUACUCGAUCGUCUUCUCUCGCGAUUCCACGCUACUCGCCUCGUCUGCAGAAGAUUCCAUUAUUAAGGUUUGGGAUACUAGCAGUGGUCAAUGCCUACAGACCAUCUAUACUCACAGCGCCGCCUCUCUGAAAUCAUUCGACAUUAGCAAAUCAUAUCUUGAAGCUGAUGUUGUAGCCGUCCUGGGCCCCUUUGCCGCCUAUCAGAUUGUGCUAUAUGGUCCGUGGGGAUGGAAACCACCCACAGAUGGAGGGGAGAGUGGCCUGCGCGUGCCUCUCUGA